CAGCCCCUUUCCACGUGUCCGCGGAUCAGGAAAGUCGAGUUUCUUAAAGGCGCAGGAUGUCCCACACCUGACCGCGUACUGCAACAGCAACACUACGAGUCGAUCAGGAGCGCCGGCUGCACACCGACUGAGAGGCAGAGCAAGAGCUAGCACACAGGGCAGCAUGGCACAGAAGGUUCUGGUGACGGGGGGCGGGGGUUACAUCGGCAGCCACUGUGUGGUGGAGCUGAUCCAGGCCGGAUACACGCCCGUGGUGAUCGAUAACUUCAGCAACGCCAUCCGAGGAGAGGGUGGUUCCCCGGAGAGCCUGUGCCGGGUCGAGCGGCUCCUUCACACCAGGAUCGAGUUCAGGGAGCUGGACCUGCUGGACCGGGCCGGGCUCGAUGCAAUCUUCAAGGAGCACCAGUUCUCAGCAGUCAUGCACUUCGCUGGAUUGAAGGCUGUGGGGGAGUCAGUCCAGAAGCCUCUGAAAUACUACCGGGUCAACCUGACUGGAACCAUCAACCUGCUGGAGGCCAUGCAAGCUCACGGCGUGCUCAACAUUGUGUUCAGCAGCUCCGCCACGGUGUACGGAGACCCCCAGCGCCUGCCCAUCGACGAAGACCACCCUGCAGGGGGCUGCACCAACCCCUAUGGGAAAACCAAGUACUUCAUCGAGGAGAUGAUACAGGACCAGUGCAGGGCAGAGAAGGGUUGGAACGCGGUCCUCCUGCGCUAUUUCAACCCGAUCGGAGCGCACCAGUCCGGGCAGAUUGGAGAGGACCCCCAGGGCAUUCCCAACAACCUGCUGCCCUACGUAGCACAGGUGGCUAUCGGACGCAGGGAGCACCUCAAUGUGUUUGGGAAUGACUACGACACCCCCGAUGGGACAGGAGUGAGGGAUUAUAUCCACGUGGUCGACUUGGCGAAGGGUCACAUCGCUGCUCUGAAGAAGCUGCAAGAAAAAUGUGGCAGCAAGGUGUAUAACCUGGGCACAGGCACUGGCUACUCGGUGCUCGAGAUGGUGAAGGCCAUGGAGAAGGCUUCAGGGAAGGAGAUCCAGUACCAGAUCGCUCCCCGCAGAGAGGGAGAUAUCGCCUCCUGCUAUGCGGACCCCAGCCUGGCUGAGAAGGAGCUGGGCUGGAGAGCUAGCUUCGGACUCGACAAGAUGUGUGAGGACCUGUGGCGCUGGCAGUCCCAGAAUCCAACAGGCUUCAGCAAAGGGGUGGAGUCAUAACACAGACCCCUCCCACCCUCCUCGCAGCCAAUCAGAAUGCAGGGAGACGGCCUGUACAAAAUCAAGACUUUGAUGACCGACUGUCGAAAUGUAAAGGAAGAAACUGGAAUAAUAAGAUAAUUUAAUACGAUUUGUAUCACGUUGUUUAUUAUUAAUUGUUAUUAAUAUAAAACGGGGUUAUUGUUAUACUGUGCUGGUGAAACAAGAACAUAGAAGGAGAAAUUAGCAAGGGGCCUAAAAGGACUUUGUCUCUCUGUCCCCCUGUCCGUCUCUCCACCUCUGCUUGGGUGUGGGGGGACGAGUGUCCAGACUCUAUACGUGUCUGUGUAUCAGUGCAAAUGAAGGGAUUGUGACCUUGUCUUGUUGUUUAUAAUUAAACACUGUGUUGACAGUU